GAUUUGGAGCUCAGAUUUGAUGCCAAGGGUGGAGAUAAAAAAUUAGUGAGUCAUCUACGAAUGAUAAUUAAAGCUGUCUGCAUAAAUGAGUGAAGAGGGCCUAGGAUGAAGUCUUGGAUACUUACUGACCAGGUUAGAGGAAGAUGAAUCUGCAGAGAAGAUCCAGGAGGAGUGUCCAGAAAGGGAGGAAAGCCAGAAGAAAAGAUGGUAGAACCACAGGAGAGUGACUUGAUUGACCUACCAGAUUAUGAGCGUAUAGAAGAUGAGACUUUUCCUCCUUUCCCACCUCCAGCCUCUCUGGAGAGAGAAGGUGGUGAUGGUGCUGAACCAGAUGAAGAGUCGGGGAGAGGAGCACCUGUGCCUGUACCGCCAAAGAGAACAGUUAAAAGGAACAUACCCAAGCUGGACGCUCAGAGAUUAAUUUCAGAGAGAGGGCUUCCAGCAUUAAGGCAUGUGUUUGAUAAGACAAAAUUUAAAGGUAAAGGUCAUGAGGCUGAAGACUUAAAGACGCUAAUCAGACACAUGGAGCACUGGGCACAUAGGCUGUUCCCUAAGCUGCAAUUUGAAGAUUUUAUUGACAGAGUUGAAUACCUGGGAAAUAAAAAGGAAGUCCAGACCUGUUUAAAACGAAUUCGACUUGAUCUCCCUGUUUUGCAUGAAGAUUUUAUUAGCAAUAAUGAUGAAGUAGGGGAAAAUAAUGACCAUGAUGUAUCUGCUACCGAAUUAGAUCCCUUUUUGACAAACUCAUCUGAAAGUGCAAAGUUUGCUUCUGAGUCAAGUAGGAGCCUAACAGAAGAACAACAAGAGAGAAUUGAGAGAAAUAAACAACUGGCCUUGGAAAGAAGACAGGCAAAGCUCCUGAGUAAUAGUCAGUCCCUAGGAAACGACUUGUUAAUGAACACACCCAGCGCACAGACAGCAGAAGGGGGUAAUCCAGGUGAGGAUCAAGAGGAGGAAGAAUCAGAUGGAUUUAACAGAGACCUAGACAGUCCACAUGUCGAUAAUGCUGCUGAUCCUGUAAAUGAAGAGGAGGAAUUAAAAAUAGAAAAAACACAACUGGACCAAUCCUGUUAAAAUACGGUGGUACUAUGUACAAUAGUCAACUUUAUGCUUCAUCUAGAAACCUUACAGAAGUUGGAUAGGCCCCCAAAUUUAUUAACUUGCUAUCUUCCAAAUUUGAGAUGACUGUAUUUUGUCAACUUUGAGUGAAAAUCCUUAUGUAGUGAAACUUUUGCAGAUUUCCUGUUUCAAAUUUCAUUUUAUUUAUAUUUAUACUUACUAACUUUUGUUCUAUUUAUUCUCAGUGUUUAUUUUUAUAUAGAUAUGACUUUGUAAAAAUGAUUAGUGAAUAUGUAGCUUCUGCUGCUAACGUGCAAUUGAAUGUCCUGUUUUCUAAAUUGGGUGGUGUUUUCAGAUGUAAAUAUAAAAUAAAUAAUGUCCUUUAAAAAAAUAAAAAUUUCACAGACUACCCUUAGAAGCUUU